CUGAACCGGUAGCAAAGAUGACCAAUACCAAUACGUCCCUGUGGAGCUAUGUCUCCACCAUGUCUCCGGAGCGGUUCAAUGGCUUGUAUGAAGAAUUUCCUCAUACUCUACGUUGUCUCCUAGGGGAGUGGCUGGAAACUGAGCCAUGGGAAUUUAUCAACAGAUCAGAUUCUUUCUGUACUCUUCUGGCUGGAAGGCUGCUGUCUGCCAUGGUGGAGAAGAUACGAGAUCUUGCCAACAAGAACUGCAAUUCUGCUGCUCAGAUUCUUCAGUUUGUUGCCAGCAUUGAGAGCAGAUAUCGGAAAGAUCCACUGCAACUGGCAAAUGUUAUAAAAAGGAUCUUGGAAGCAGAGCAAACAGCAGUUCACCAGCAGCAUCAACACGUUCCCCUUGUCAUCGAACGUCAGCGGGAAGAACUGAUGUUUCGAUUCAGCCUACAGAAGCUGCAAUACAGACUUCAGGAGAUUCAAACUCUCCGGGAAAGCUUCCAGCAGAUGAAGGGCAACACCAGAGCUCCACUGUCACAAAACUCACUGGAUUGUCAAUUUCCAAUACAAGAGAACCUGCCAGCAAGUUCUCUUCAAAGCCUUCAAGGACUGUUCAUGAAGAUGGACAGUGAGUUAGAAGAGGCCAAGAAGAAGGUUCUGGUGAGGCUUCUGAUUUGGAAGAGGCAGCAGCAACUGGCUGGGAAUGGAAGUCCAUUUGAUGAGGACUUGUCCCCUCUGCAAAAGAGGUUGGAAUGCCUGGUAGAUAUUUGGUUCCAGUUUCGCCAGCAGUUGAUCACAUCUGGAAUUGAGCUUCAAUCUCAUAUUCGAGAACAUCUUGAUGAUACAUUCAACUCUCUUAUACAAAAUUCCUUCUUGGUGGAAAAACAGCCUCCGCAAGUUUUAAAGACGCAGACGAAAUUUCAAGCCAGUGUCCGCUUCCUGCUGGGACCUCAGUUACUCAAACAUCCGCCAACAUCAUUUCUGGUCACGGCUGACAUUGUGACAGAGAAACAGGCCCGGGAACUGACUGCCAACCGUUCUGCCUCUGCCUUUAGUGAAAGCACUGGAGAGAUUGUAAACAACACAGCAUCCCUGGAUAUAAAUGCCUCCAGCAAUUCUUGUACUGCUCAGUUCAAAAAUUUGCUUCUCAAAAAGAUCAAGCGUUGUGACCGCAAGAGUACAGAAUCGGUAACGGAAGAGAAGUGUGCUGUCCUCUUCAGUACCAGCAUUUGCCUCGGACCCAACCAAACCAACUUUCACCUACAGGCUCUGUCGCUGCCCCUUGUGGUGAUUGUCCAUGGAAAUCAGGACAACAAUGCUAAAGCCACCAUCUUAUGGGACAAUGCCUUUGCUGCCCCCGAUCGCAUUCCCUUUGUGGUGGCCGAGCGUGUUAGCUGGAAGGCAAUGUGUGACACUCUCAACCAGAAGUUCCUUGCGGAGGUGCAAACCACAAAAGGUCUACUCAAGGAUCAUUAUUUCUUCUUGGCCCAGAAGAUCUUUGGUGACAACAUCACCAGUCUAGAGGAACUGCAGAGAUGCCACGUGUCUUGGUCCCAAUUCAAUAAGGAGAUGCUUCCUGGUAGAGGAUUCACAUUUUGGCAAUGGUUUGAAGGCAUUCUUGACCUCACCAAGAAAUACCUGAAGAACUAUUGGUCUGACAGAUUGAUCAUGGGCUUUGUCAGCAAGCAAUAUGUUUUCAAUUACCUGAGCAAUGCGCCAGCUGGGACUUUCCUGUUACGUUUCAGUGACUCUGAAAUUGGUGGCAUCAGCAUCGCCUAUGUCAACUACUUCCCAGAUGGUACCACUCAGGUGGAGAACAUCCAGCCAUUCACGGCAAAGCAAUUGUCAAUUCGUUCAUUGGCUGACUGUGUUCUGGAUCUCCCACAGCUCCAUGUGCUUUAUCCUAACAGGCCCAAACACGAGGCUUUCAGGAGGGACUACAACACAGAGACACGAAAAAACACCAGCAGUUAUGUCCCAGCCAGGUUAACAAUAACUGUAGACACACCCUGCUCAUUCCCUACAUCCAUUCAGAAACCAGUUGAUACUCUGGGCGGUUCUAAUGUGAAUCUUGCAGUCCAUUCUGAUUCAACUUAUCAUGACUCACCAGUGAUGGUUGCAUCAUCCAUUGGGACAUCUUUAGCCAGCAGCACAACAUAUGGAAGCUCACAGUUGCCAUUUGAAUUAAUGCCUUGCUCAUACCCUUUGGGCAAUACUUCGCCUCUUGGUCAAAUGGAUUCAUACCCCAUGUGCCAAGAUGUAGAGAUGCCAGACCUCUCUUUGCCCACUGAGAACACCAUAACAUACCCAGGGAAUCUUCAGCUCCAUGUGAUGGCAGACCCGUUAAGUGUGCCUGAGACCAUUUCGCCACCUUCCAGUGAAGAGUUUGAAAAGCUUCUGCAUCCAGACCAAGACCUGCACCCGGACCUUCACUUUUGCCAUAAUCCAGUGUGACCCAUUUUUAUGUGCUUGUCGUCUUUCUAAUACCUUGGCGAUAACUGUACUUUAAUGGACCUUUUAUGUACUUCUCCCUAUCAAGCCUGGACAUAAACAGUGAUGGUGGUAACCCAGAAGACUUACUGUGUACAGAAAACUACUCCUGGGACCAUCUGCAUAUCUACUUCAUCCUGUUAGAUCUUUGCAAGUUCUUUUGAACCAAGACCCGCUUCAGUUGUGUGCCAACUGCCUAUAUUGCCAGCGCAGCCAAUGGAGCAAGAGAGGGUCUCCCACUCACUCACAUCUCCUUCUGCUGUGGGGAAUAAUAUCUGGGGGAAGGGGGACGAAUAUGAUGCACUAGCACCUCUGUGUGCUUUACCAAUUAUCUGUGUUACCUCUGGAUUGUAAGGGAGAUUUGGUGGUUUUCCAAUUAUAGCACAUUAGAUUGACUUUUACCAGUACCAGCAGCCAAGACAGAAAACAUUUCAUCAGGAACUUCAGAAGAAAAUUUCUUUGUUCAAUUAACGUAGGUAAAGUCUUGGUUGGGCUGCUGAUUCUUUCAUGUAUUUAGAUGGGUCAGUUGGGGAAAUGAAAAGAUUCCAAUGGAGUCUUCAUUAUUUUUCAUUUCUCCUUUGGAAGAAGAGACACCGUAUUUCCUCCCAGAAUUUAACGUUCCACAGAGCCUUUCUCCAUAUCAUACAGAAUUGUUAGGCAGUGAGGUGACCAUCUCAGGCCAAAACAAGAGCAAUAGUGGGGAGGUGUUGAAUGUUGCAUGGCCUGCCUUGCUGAUUUGCCAAAGUAACCUACUGCCUUAGGCAUGAUGGUGAAUGCAAUCUUCUCACCAAGUUUUUGUCCAUAGUUGGGAGGGGGGGAAUAGGUGGGAUUCAAUUUUCACCCAAAUAGCUGCAAAAUAUUCUGGGCCAGUUUCGCCAAGUUGCAGUUCCUCUAUAAUAGAUGGGAGCCUACACCUUUUUUCUGAUGCAGAGUGAAUUUUGGCCUCUUUGAGAUAUGGACUGCAACACUUGUGCCAUUUUUCCUGGGUAGGAUAAUGUAAAAUCGAGAUUUCCCCUAUUUUAGCAGCUGGCACAGCCCAACCUUUUAUACUAGAUUUGUUAUUGUACAGACUCUAUUCUCAUUUGCCAAGAUCCUGGUAAAAGGUGCAAUGUAAAAUAACCCAUAAAAUAAGACUUUAUUCCAAAAUAAUAAAAUAAAUAAUCUACUGUAUACAUUACAAACAAAAGGAUGCUAGUUUUCCUAUAAAGACACAAAGACUGUACGGUAGGAGAUGGAGACUUGACUGAAUAGCAGUUGAGUAUUAAUUUUAACUCAACAGGAGUUCCAAGGUUUACCUGAACAAUGUGUUUUGGAAGUCAGUUUGUUCCAGCAAAUGUUGCUUUCAGACUGCUUUGAAGGAAAUUAAUAUUAUUCCAUCUUUAUCUCAUAUUGUCGUUAUACCGUAAUUAUAAUGAGCAAAGGAGAAUGGAAGAAUGUUAUUUUCCUCAGGGAAGGUACAAUCCCUGGAGGGGAAACUGAUCCUCUCCUGUCCCAGAGUCAGACAGGGGUUUAAUUCCCUUCCUUUUUAAGGUUUUCUCAAUUUCACCAUUCCCCAUUCACUUCUUUAGCAAAAAGAGGACUAUACCAUUACUAAAGCCUUGUUAGGAAAUGUUCUCCUAUUCCCUUAAAUAACAGAGUAGUUGUAAAGUUAGUGUUCCCUUAGAGCAGCAAAUUGAAUUACAAUCCCCCCCAUCCCUGUUGCAUGUGUGUUUAUUAAGGGCACCGAAUCCAACAUGUUCCGCUCAAGAGGUGAUAACUCCAGAAAUAUCUGUUCUGAUUCCCGUUCAAAAAUUCCAGCAAAUACAGCAGUUACUAUAAACCGAACUGUCGGGGUUUGAAUGUGUGUGGGGUCAGACAUGAACCUGAAAGUAAGGGAUCUUCAUCCAGCAGACUUCACAAAAGCCUGUAAUUUUUCAUUAGCUGAUUUUACUUUCUAUGAAACUGCUUCAAAAUGGAAGAUCCAGGCAGGAUCUUCCAUUUUCUGCGUGUCAUGUAGAGAUCAGCCUAUCUACUUCUCACUAUGAUGGCUACUGGUUUCCUCUUUGCCGUUCAUUCCUCUUCCCGAUUACAGGAAACUGAAGUGGUAGGAAAGGAAAGUACAGGUCAUCCUCGACACACAACCGUUCCUGUUAAAUUGGCACUUAAAAAAGUGGCUUUUAAGUAUAAGUGUCCUUGCACUUACAACUGUCACAGGAGCCCCACGGUCAUGUAAUCAAAAUUCUGGCACUUGGAAACCGGCAUAUAUUAUUUGAUGGUUGCAGCAUGGGGGAAAGGGGGGGGUUACAUCAGGGGUGGGCAAAUGUGGCCCUUUUACAACCUGUGGACUUCAACUCCCAGAAUUCCUGAGACGGGGAGUUGAAGUCCACAGGUUGUAAAAGGGUCACGUUUGCUCACCCCUGUUUUACAUGAUCAGCAUUUGUGACCUACCCAGAUGCCUUCCAACAAGCAAAGUGAAUGGGGGAAGCCGGAUUUACUUCACUGCAGUGAUUUGCUUAAUAACCGUGGCAAAAAAAAAUGUAUUAUAAAAUCAGGCAUGAUUCGUUUAACGACUACCUUGCUUAACAAGACAAAUUCUCGUCACAAUUGUGGUUGUAAGCUGAGGAUUACCUGUAUAAAUAAGCUCUGAGAAUAGGAGCGAGAAGCCUUAGGAAAGGAGUAGGGGAGCACUGAGAGAGAACGACGUUCCACCUGAAUCUCAGCAAGGCCUCCUUCCGCCUUUGUUGGAUCCAUUAUAAAUUCAAAGUGUUCUGGUAGAAAAGGGAUGGAUUCUGAUAUUAAUUGACCUCCCUGCAUCAAUAGUUUUGAUAGAAUACAGGUAGUCAUUGACUUACAACAGUUCAUUUAGUGACCGUUCGAAGUUACAAUGGCACUGAAAAAAAGCGUUUACCAGUUUUUCGCACGACCAUUGUGGCUUCCCCAAGGUCACAUGAUCAAAAUUCGGACGCUUGGAAACUUAUUUUGUAUUUAUGACAGUUGCAGUGUCCUGGAGUCAUGUCAUCCCUUUUUUUGAGACCACCUGACAAGCAAAGUCAAUGGGGAAGUCAGAUUCACACAACAGCUGUGUUUCUAACGUAACAACUGCAGUGAUUCACUUAACAAAUGUGUCAAGAAAAGUCGUAAAACGGGGCAAAGCUCACUUAAUGUCUCGCUUAGCAACAGAAAUUUUGGGUUCAAUGGCAGUCCUAAGUCGAGGACUACCAGUACGUAUUAAAAACGCUGCUGGGAUGCAGUUUAGUGUGGAGGCAGCUGUUGCUAGUGUGCCCAUAUCCAAAUGGCAGCAGUUCAAUCCUUAUUUUUAAUGGGUAAACUUCUAGCCUCCCUAGAGCUAUUAGGAAACAAAAUACCUCCAAGCAGUCCAAAUUCAGCUAAACAGCAACCAAUGCUUCUGAUGAUUAACCACAAUAUAAAAUCAGCAGGCAAGAGAAGUAAUGAGGAUAUUUAAAGCACUGUAUACACGAUAAAAAAACAGGAAAGUUCUGGGGAUGAGCAAAAUGUGUGGCAUUAAGAUGCCCCAGUUCUCCUUAUCUGAGGACCAUCCUUGGGCUUAAAAGUGAUUACUGGGACCGUAUUCCAAUGGAGGGGAGGGGACACAAAAACUGAAUUUAAUUCAAUUUACAUAUUUUGCUUAGUUAUACAGAUAGCAUAGUAACCUCUGGUGUCUUUGAUACAUCUUUUUUUUUUCCUUCUGUCACAUCAAGAAUUAUCCUUUCUAACUAUGGCAAUUUGCAAAAUGGUUUGCAGGGUGUGUGUGCUACAAAGAGUCGGGGGGAUGCAGUUUCUGCGCAUACAGGAAACAUCUGUUGACAAAGACUGAAGGGCAGCGACAAACAUGUUUCAUGUGUAUGCGUGUGGUUGAGAGUACAGGAGUAUGGGGACGAUUUGGGAACAACAUGUAUUGUUUAUGGCCAAUCACUUAUAUGCCUUUCAAUAAAAUAUGUACAGGA